AUGACAGGAUCUACACCAACAUCUGUUAGUGAUGGUAUACAAUAUAGCUCGUCAAAGGCUCAAUUCUUGAACAACGUAUCAAGCGCAAUUAUGAAAGAUCCUGGUUUACCGCGUCCAAAUCCUACGACAUCGGCAUGGCAGGUUCCGGUCCAUCCCACAGUGUCAUCCAUCCAGUCUUCAGAGCUUCCAGAGUAUACCGACUUUGUUGUUAUCGGGUCUGGGAUCACAGGGUGCAGCGUCACCAAAACCCUGCUAGAGCAUGGGGCUACCCAAGAUUCUCAUGUUACAGUGUUAGAAGCGCGUACACUUGUGAGCGGGGCUACUGGAAGAAAUGGUGGACAUCUCGUGACUGCUGCUGGUCAUACUUUCGGUCCUCUAGCUCAACAGCAUGGGAUUGAAGCCGCAAAACAAAUUACACGCUUUAGCAUCCUCAACAUACAACACAUGAUCAAUAUGGUCAAGGCAAUGGAUAAGGAAGUCCAGGAUGAUUGCCAGAUCCGAGAUGUCCGAAAGGUCAUGGCUGUUGGAGACGACGAAACGUGGACAGCUGCGAGAAACUCAGUUUUAGCCUUUCAGAGACAUGUACCUGAGCGUAGCUCAUAUCAUUGUAUUGUGGAUGCGGAUGAUGUAUCCGAGAGAUGGAACAUCAAGGGGUCAUCUGGAGCUGUUGAACACGAUGCUGGAGCCAUAUGGCCUUACCGUCUUUUGGCUGUUACCAAAGUCGAGUUUUUGGGGAGUUCUGAGUAUCCAGGAACUAUGUCAGUUCAAAAGCCUGGUCCAGAGCUCGCCAACGUGGGUGCAUCCAAAUCCUGGAGUCUUUCCCAUAAGGCGACACUUGACAUUCGAUCGGGCUUGUACACCACAGGUCUUUAUUACCUUCAGCAGAAUGCUCUAACAGGAAGAAUCUGGAUUGGGAAUGAAACUGCAUAUAUGCCAGAUAUUCUAACUGCUGAUGAUACAUAUGUACCUGAAGCAGCAGUGCAAGCCCUUUCAUCAAUCCUCCCCAAGAUGUUUCUAAAUGGCUGGGGGUCUGAGUCUACUUCUAAGAUUGAAUCCAUAUGGUCAGGUAUCCAGGGACAUACUGCAGAUGGAUUACCGGUUGUCGGCCAGGUCCCUGCUAGUGUUACCGGUACCGAAGACGAUCAAGGGCAGUGGAUUGCGGCUGGAUUCAACGGGUAUGGCAUGGAUAAGUGUUGGUUGACUGGAGAAGCCUUGGUCAAGAUGAUGUUAGAUGAGGAUGUCAGUGAUUGGUUUCCACAGUGCUAUCGAAUCACUGAGGAUCGACUCCAGAGUCAGCUUACAGCUGAGGCCACAGUGGAAAAGUUCGCCAACUUGGCCUCCGAACCAGUAGAAGUAAAACUUUGA